UAUCCCUGUGCUGCAAUCGUUCCAGGAAACAGUUAGAUUACAGUCUCCAGAAAGGUUCAGAUUUCCGUCUAACUUCGUCUUGUGUACAGAGCUAUAGCCAGUAUUGAAAAUAUUAGUUAAGCCUCCAGGUUCCCUUUAAAUUGUAUCCUUUAGCUCUUUUUUUUUUUUUUCCUUUUUUUUUAAAAAAAACUUGGGUUGUCAAGAAUUCAUGAUGAAGAGCCUUUCUUUUUCUCUCAUACUUGUCUCUGUUCUAUUUAUGAACAGCUUAUUAGAAGUGCAGGGAAGGAGAUGGAAUGGUGAAGGUACAACACUAAACUUGGAAAACAUUGUUACUGGAAGAUGCUAUGACUAUAUUAGAGUUGUGAAUCCUGCUGUUGGUGAGAAGAAUUGUUCAGAGAUAUGGGAAGCAUUUAAAAAUGCAUUUAUUAACAAGGAUCCUUGCAGCAUUCUACCUAAGGACUAUGAAUUAUUCAUCAACCUGUCAUUGCACACAAUUCCACCUAACAAGUCUCUCUUCUGGGAAAAUAAUCAGCUGCUAGCCAAUAGCUUUGCUGGCAGAGGUCGUCGCUACCUGGCUCUGGGUGAUACUCUCUUUGGCUUCGUUGGAGAUUUUCUAAACUGGUGUGGGCAGGCAAACAGCAAUGAACUGGACUAUGAAUCCUGCCCUACCACGGAAGAAUGUGAGAACAAUGCAGUGGAAUCUUUCUGGAGGAUGGCCUCAAUCACUUAUGCACAGCACAGUUCUGGGGUGAUACAUGUCUUGUUGAAUGGUUCUGCAGUCGGAGGAGCUUAUCCAGCCCCAGGUUUUUUUGCAGAUUAUGAAAUACCUAAUCUCCAGAAAGACAAAGUCUCACAAAUUGUCAUUUGGGUUGUGGAUGAUAUUAAAGGACCAGAUAGAGAUUCCUGUGGAACUCAUACUGUAAAGGUAUUAGAAAACAGGCUGAAAACCCUUGGUUAUGAUGUCACCUGCACCGACAAUUACAAGUCUGUAAUGCUCUUACUUUGCCUGGAUUAUCCUGAUGAUUCUAAGUGUACGCUUUCAUCAUCUGCACCAGCAGCACAAAGAGGACCUGUAUCUUCAGACAGAGGAGGCAGCUGGAACAAGCUCAUGUUUGUUUCUUUUGCAGGCUUUUUGUUCAGAUUUGCUUUAGUCUACUAAGAUAAUCAACUGAAUCCAUAUCCUCUGUUUGCCUUAGCUGGCUAUAAUUCUGGCUUCAACUAAUUUCUAACUGCAACUCCACCGUGCUUCUAUCUAGAUACCAGCUGCUUUUAGUAUCAAAAAUUAUUCUAUUGCUGCCAGAAAGCCUCACUCUUCAUUUCCUUUUCUUGAAUAGAAGAAAUCUACUGCUAUAUCCACUUAUCCUUGCCCUCCAGAAUUAAACUGAGAAUAAUAAUUCAUGUUCACAUAUUUCAGAAACAAAAGCAAAACGAUGUGUGUCAUACAUCUCCCACACAGCUUACUUGUUUGUAAAACAGUCCUAGCAUUUGGCCUUGGAAACUAUGUGUCUGAUUAUCUUAUUUUGGGAAGGGGAAAUACAAAUAAAGAUGGGAGAGAGCUUAAAUUGCUCAGUUGGUACAAGAUACAGUAGGUGAGAUGGGAAAAAUGAAACUCAUUUUCAUAAGUGGUCCAGUACUUGGGCCAAACUUACCUGAAACUACUGUACAGCGAGAUCCUGGCUUACAUACUUACAUACAGUAUCUUACCACAUAAUAAUGAUUGCUUCAUCAUCCACACAGCUGUCCCUCAGCUGCUAUUUCCUGGUGCCUGGAUAGCCAGCAGUCAGGAAUACCAGGUCUUGAAAGUUCCACAGUUUUCCACCAUGAUGUGAUUUAUGGCAUAUCAAAUUCAGAUGAGAACCUGCCAAGUCAGACAUCUGCCUGCUUGCAAUGAACUCGGUUAGCAUGCUUCAGAAUAUAUUGAGGAGAGAGGAGAUGCCAUCUUGAAGGUCUCUUGAGUUACUUCUGUGAAUGUUCCAAACAGAUGCUCCUCUGAAGCACCAAGACAUCCAGCUACCAAGAUGACACAUAAAUCUCUGGAAAAAAAUAGCUGUUCUUCUAGAAAAUAACUUUAAGUAGAAUUUUGUUGCACAUUCUCUGUUAGUUUCUGUAUUAUUUAUUUGUGUUUGUAUUAGCUAAUUGUUGUCAGGAAUUGGGACAGGAUGUUCCUGAUAUCUCAGUGUAUCCGAUUCAGGACUCCGUAGUAGAUUUACAUCCAUUCAGUCCCUGGUACAACUAUAUCAUGUUGUUUGUUUGAAAGACAAAAUAGCUAAAAUAUGUUGUUGUUGCUUAUUUGUCUGGCUUCCAUUCCUGUAAUAAUCUUUAAUUUGGUUUUAAUGGAAAUACCUGUAUAUUACACUCUUAGUUGUGUUUGCCUCUGUCACACCUGGGUUCAGGCUCCAGCUUGAAGGACUUUAGUGUCUAUUUCAGACACUUGCAAGAGUACUGAAAUCAGAAGUUACAGAAAAUCUGGGCGGUAUUACACCUCAAAAUUGUUCCCUACCUAUGCUGAAACAUUAGUCCUUUGAUUAGUUCCUUCAACAUCCUCCUCAUUUUUAUUUCUUGUUUGAUGCUGUCCUUAACAGCAGCUGCCAGAAUAAAAAGAGAGGUAUCUGUUUGCAACACAGACACAUCUCAGAUAACUAAACCCAAGCAGUUUUGAUCAGUCUUCUAUUUGUCCACAGCAGAUCACAUCAUGAAACAUUUUGGACUUCAGGCUGUACAGAUAGUGCAUAUGAGGCUCACAGAUAGGUGUCUAAGCCACCGUUUGGUCUAAUGUUGUCCUACCCAUUGACCUGUUGAUUAGAGUGUGUGCAGGAUUCAGAGAAUAACUUCAUACUCUUAACAAGCCAUGUGCCUCUUAGGCAACUUCCAUCCACAAGCCAAGCACCCCAGCUGGCCAACUUCUGCUUUCCAGCCUGUGAAAGCUUCCCAGCUUCUGGAUACAAUCCACUCCAGCAGUGCAGUCCAUUACAUAUAAUACCAAAGACACUGUAGGAAGUGCUCAAUAAGUAUGGUUUUUUUUUAAAAAAAGGGCAAAAUGCAAAGUAGGAUAGAUACCAUUCAAAUAAUUUGAGGUUAUUUACUGCAUAACCUUGUAUCAAGAACACACUCAGAAACCUCUUGCAGUGUUUUCUUAUUUCUAAUGUUAUUGCCUCUUCUCCCAUUACUUCAACUCAGUAGCAAAGAUACCAAUUUUUUUUUCCAGUGUCUUUUGAAUAAAGUGUCUCAAACUUGUUGGAAAAGCUUGGGAAGAUCUGUAAAGAUUGUUAGCUAACCAACUAAUAUAGCUGGGAAAACAAACAAACAAAAUGGGCAAAAUUUUAGCUACAUAGACUUCCUGGGAUCUUAAAGGCAGCAAAUUUCAAGCUGAGUGUUGAUCAGUUGUUCUCAAUUUAAUAUAAUGGUUAUAAUCUAUGCAAAAGAACAGUGUGACUGGCAUCUUGGAAGCAGAGGGACAGAAGCAUCAGCAAAGGGAGAAACCAUAAGGUCAUUUGUUACUCCUGGAGGGAGGGAGAGAUGUGAACAAGAACUUGAGAGCAAAAGAAUCCCAUAUAUCUCUCUUUUUUAUUUCUACAUCUACAAAGUGUGUGAACAGUGCUAUUUACACAUAUAUUUUACACUUACGUGGUGAGAAUUGGGUAGGUAUGCCUGUGCCCUGUCUUGAACACUCAGUAAAUGCUCUAAUUGGCAACGUCUCAUGUAACAGCUGUGCCAAACUUGGAGAAAUCAUAAUGUCUAAAAGGCAUCUGCUCUUCUAUGUAAACUCCUGAAAGCCUGGUAAUGUUCAGCAGGGUGCUUCAAAUGUGAAUUCAGAAUGUUUCAAUCAUUUAUACUUGUACUAGCAGUACUGCAAAACCAGCUGUCUCCAGACCUGAACUGAAGGGACAAAAUGUUUCAUAUGAAAAUAUUAUCUAUAUCACUUAAUUUUGAAUCCAACUGGAUGCCACAAUCCUCUGUAGAUCUGUUAAUAUCCAACUAUUCAUGGCAAAUGAAAGCAUCAUGUACAAGAUGCUCUGCAUUUCUGCAGACAGACCUGUGGAAGCCACUGAUCCUAAGGUAGUAUUUCCUGUCUUUGCCUCUUUUGUGGACCACUUAGGAACUCAGUCAUGUCACCCUCUUCAUUUUAAUAUAAAAAUAAAUAUAAUCUCCUCUUCUGCUAACCUACUAUUUUGAUUUUACCGCUGCAUGUAUUCCAGUCACUGAAUCUGGCAAAAGUCAAACUCCAAUUCAGAAUAAUUAAUUUUUUCAGCAUGUAUGUGCUGCAAAUACAUAUACAACUGCUUAUACCUGUUCUAUCUGUUUUUAAAUGCAAACUCUCAAGUGCUCUGGAGUAAGAAGUGAUGAGAAUAAAGCAAGGACAACUUGUUCACCUCUC